AUGGUUUCUAAAUCUCAAAGUAAGGAGGCUCAAGUAUCAAAAGCUCAAAGCAAGGACCUUGCAGUUUUAAAGGCUCAAAUGAAUGAAGACAAAGCAGUUCAAAGAAAAACGUCAAAGAAGAUGAGAUUUACUUCAACUGCCGAGAAAGACCCUAAUAGCUCAACGACAUUUGAUGAGGAGCCAAAGUCAACACGUGGUAUGAACACAAUGAGCCGUGUUGUGAAGAGGAAAAUCCAAAAGAUUAAACCCGUAGUUGAGUACAAUAAAAGAGGCAGACCACAUGGCAAGGCUGUUGUUGAGAUGCAAUCGUAUAUUGGUGUUUUGGCACGCACCAGAGUCCCUCUUGUGGACAAGAAAUGGACUGAUUUGGGAAGUUGUUCAAAUGGCUUAUGUUGUUGGGCAAUGGAGCAAGAAGAUGGUGCUAUCGUUUGCCGCCAAGAAAUGGAAGGAUUUCAAGUCUACCUUAACAAAUGA